UAUUCAAUGAGUUACUCUUACUCUUUAAUCAUGAAAUUUGUCUAUAACUAAGAUGGCGGGUGAUGAAAGUGACAGUGAACUUAAACCCUCCCAAGUAGUAAUAGUUAGAGAAGUAUACGACAGCGAAAAUGCUCAUAUUAAAUUUGAAAUGGAACUGGAAAGAGCACUUGAGGCUGGUGUGAGUGUAAUUGUUAUUGAACCUGAACCGCUUGGAGAAGAAACUGCUAGAUGGAUAUAUGUAGGAAACCUCUUACAUAAAGUCUCUGUAUAUAGUGGAUUGUGUAGUAUUGCUUCAGGUGUGGCUUGGAGUUCAUUAGCAUGUACACCGUUUGGCAUUGUAUCAGUGUUAUGUUCGGGUUGCUACACACUCUCUUGGCAAUGGGACCCCUGUUGCAAGUAUCAAGAAGAAAAAGAUUUAAGGCACUUAUCUAAACUGCCAAUUUUAAGUGAUUUGACUUCAGCAUCGCCAGUUGUUUUAGUGCACACUGAUAACAGGAGACAAAUAAUUUUACAUAAUACUAUAUCAUUAGCUGCAGCUGCCAUAUGCUUAUGGAGAAUUUAUAAUAUUUUAAAAUAAUGAUAAAGUUAUUUAUGCAGCAUAUUUUUAAUAUGUUUGCAUUAGGAAAAAAUGGAAAAUAAUAUAUUUUUAAAGGAGUAUAAGCUUAUUAGAGGUCUUUUCUGUAUAAUAACUAAUUUUUUUGUAGAUUUCAUUGUAAAUUUGUUAUUAUUAUUUAAUAAUUGUUACUAAAAUUAGAAUAGAUAAUUCUGUACAAAUAUUUUCUUUUAAAUAUAAGGAAGCUUCUUAGAUAGGUUAGCAGGUUGUUGGAAAUUCUGUUAUAGCUUACCAUAAUAACAGUGAAAAUAAUGGGAGUGUAUAAUUAUCACUGUUACUAUGUAAUAAAAGUUAAACAU